GGCUAUGAGAGACGUUUCGGGGUAACCGAAUUGCGCACUAGGCCUAGCCUUAAUAAACAAGCAGCAUAGGAUGUGGCCUGCAAGGGUGCCAUUGCUCUCCGGUGACAAGUGGACUGUUUUUACACCUUCCUUCUAAAUAAGGAAGCAGCCUGUCAGACAUAUGACCACCGACCCAAUUUGGGAGCUGCCAAAGAGUCCACCAUGUCCCGCAGUUGCUUAACGCCACCCAAUGAGGUCUCUCCCUUCCUUGGUUUCACGGGCGCUGUGACAGUGUUCCGUUGAACUCUCCACAGACAAGGCACUGCAGUUCAGCGACUCUUUUCUUGCUUGCUCGCAACUUCACUCUCUCCAUCCUCGGCCCUUGUAUUGUUCGACAGGGCAGCAAUGAAGUCAGCAUGACGUCAUCUAGAUAUGCGAUAGCCUGGCAAGGUGAAACAGAGUUUUGGUGAGUGGUUUUCUCCACGGCCUGCGUUGCCUACAGAGAGAGAGAGGCGCGGAGCUGCAAAACAUGGUAAUCAUCACCGCCACCACCUCAAGCUCUGCCGCGCACUCUCCUAUUUCUACCCCUCUGCACCGGGGCUCUCGUUUCAUACCCAGAGUUCAGACUUGCGUUCCAAAAAUAAUCCACUGCCAGCAUGCCGAAGGAAGAAAAACAAGAAGAGUGGUAUUUUUAGGGCCAUUAAUUUUGACCACGUGCCCCGAAGGUAAACCGGAAGGCCAUUGCGCAAAGGCUCCUCAUCAGUAUGUCCUACGAGGCCAGCACGCACUGGACGUUGACUGCGAUUGUUCUCUUGGGGUACCUAGUCGGGAUUGUGUCAUCAUAUCCUAUUCCAAGCAGGACAAAUGCAACUUUAUUGGAGAAAAGAUGGGAGACCCUCUUCUCCCGCUCCAUUCUGGGCAUCUCGGGGGAGAGAUCGGACCUGAACUGGGAGAGUGACUAUUUGCUAGGUAUCAAAAGAGUGCGGAGGCUCUACUGCAACGUGGGCAUCGGGUUUCACCUCCAGGUCCUCCCAGACGGCAGGAUAAAUGGUGUACAUAAUGAAAACCAGUACAGUCUAUUAGAGAUAUCAACGGUAGAGCGAGGAGUGGUUAGCUUGUAUGGUGUGAGAAGUGAGCUGUUUGUCGCAAUGAAUGGCCGAGGAAGGUUAUACGGAACGACAGUCUUCCAUGAUGAGUGCAAGUUCAGAGAGAGCAUGCUGCCAAACAACUACAAUGCCUAUGAGUCUUCCGUUUACAGAGGCUCCUACAUUGCUCUCAGCAAGCAUGGCCGUCUGAAGAGAGGCAAAAAGGCCACCACUGCCAUGACUGUGACACACUUCCUCCCCCGAAUAUGAGCAAAACUGGCAAUAACUCACUUAUUUGCACAUGUGGAUUGUUGUCCAGGUAACAUUAUACUGUAUACACCAAUACAAAUGGACUGAAAAAGAAAGAAAUACCACUAUAUGAUAGUAUUUAUUCAGUCUUUAUAUGUAUAUUUCGGUAGCUUACUUUGUAUUAGAACUUACGGAUAUGCCAUUAAUUGCUGCUUAUUGUUUUAUCAGUAUUAUAUAAGGGCUGGAGAAGCUUCAUCUGUCCCCUUCACUUUGAAUGGGUGCUUGCCAUACAUAAAUGGUGGAGACCUUGCCCUGUCAGUAGAUGACAGCUCAUCUCAGCAUCUAGAAGUGAAAUGGAUACUUUUUUAUUACCUCAAAGCGCCAUUUCCCGAAUGAAAUAAUGUGUGCAUGAUAUUUCUACUGAGAAGAAUGCCUGUUUACUUUGAACUUUUGUCAUUAUCCAUCAAGAACUAAAAAUGUUCCAUCAUCUGUGUCAACAUUAUAUCAUUGUCUAGUAAGGGCAACUAGAGCACUCACCAAAUAUUUGUUUCCUUGCUUUGUGAUGAGGGGGUGGUUGCCUUUGAUUCCUACUUGUGGCUCCUUCCCAUGCAUGUGAGAAACGCUCCCCUCAGUCAGAAAUAGGGAUGACACGCAAGUCAUCACUCCCUCAGUGACUCCGGGGGGCUUUAGCCCAAUUCCUAGAGGGCCAAAAGUAUCUUCAGUUUAUUUUCUUUCCAAAUUUAGAUCAGUUAAGUAAUUGAGACUGUGUUGGACAGGCCGGGCCCCUCAGGAGCUCACAGCCAUUGAUGUGGGAAGCUAGAACUGGAGACCCACCAUGCUAGGAGAACUUUGACAAUCCUGUUUUUUAUGAGGCUAGAGGGUUUUAUGAGGCUGAGUGUGAAAUGGCUGGAUGUUUAGACCAGAUUGAAAUGUGUGUGUGUCUGGUCUGGACUAACUGGGAGACUGCUGUAUCGAUCGAUCAAACAGUUUGAUUCGUUUUUUAAACUGAUGAGGGUUGAAACCUUAACUUAUCUGCCGGUUUGAAAAAAAAGUUAGCACUUUUACAGUAUCUCCAUUUCUGCAGUAAAUGUUGAGCUGCAUAAAUAGUGCUUGUUUUCACGUUCACUCUGUAAAUGAGGAUCUGCUACAUUAAUUAGAAAAAUAUGUAAAUAUUCCUAUUACAUUUUUUGAGAAGGGAUCAUUAUUUCACGCAAUUAAGAUGUGUUAACAACAUUUCAGGUAUCACAAUCUGGCUAUUAUGUCUAAUAUCUGAUAUUUAGAUAAUAAUAGGGAUUGUACUCAUAUGUACCUGUUUCUCUCUUUUAUUGUUUAAACUGGUAUUAAGUUGUAAGAUCUUGUGUGGAAGAAAAACAGAAGCAAUGCCUCAAAGCAAUUCACCAAAGGCUUACAGUAGUGAUGUUUGAAGUCAAUGCUUGCUUGCUCUCCUCCUCGAAUACUGUACCUGAGUAGACACCCCUUGGCCAGUUGACACUGUAAAACCCUUUGUUCAACAACAGUCUUGAGAUUCCAGAAGUAUCCUUCCUCUCCCACCCAAAGCCAUUUUAGUACAAGGUCAGAGUCAUAGACCUCUUUCACUGUGUCUAAGCACAUGGUGUUCAGGUUCACCAGUAUCACUUUGCCCCUUUGACGCCUCUUUGCCCUACGUUCGCUCCGUUAUUCCUUUAUUUAUUUAUGAAUGGUGUGUAGCUCAAUGAAAACCUUGCAUGAAUGACAUAAGGUGAUUUUUAGUUGUAAGUGGUUUGAUUCUGUAUCUCUCUGACUGGUCGCCAAUGAGCAUGGAUUUAUUGGGAAUGGAGUGGCAUAAUCUGAUUUAAAGAUUUACCUUUGGCUAUUACAAUGCUAUAAGUAUGUUUGGUGUGUCUGAGUAAAAUACACAGGAAAGGUCAUCUUUGACCUCUUUUACCAAACUUUAACUUUACGCCUGUUAAAUUCUACUUCCAACACAGCAUUGGUAGCCCACUGUAAAAUGGAUGUGAGUUGGUACUUACCCUCACACAAGUACUUACAGUAGUAAGAAGAGACAGGCUGAGGCUUGAUGCAGUGUCUGGUUGUGAUGGAACACAGGAAGCAUCGGUGUCAAAUCAAAUCAAAUUUGAUUGGUCACAUACACGUGUUUCCAGAUGUUAUUGUGGGUGUAGCGAAAUGCUUGUGCUUCUA